GAUGCUGCUACGCUUGCCCAAUAGAAGUAAUUAAUAAGGCACUUUAAAAUGUGUAACAUUAACAUAAAACAAAAUAUAUUUCAUUGUAAAAUAACACACUGUUGGUUAUGAUUUCAUAUUGUACUGAAGAUCGACAUGGAUACAGCAUUAAGUUUUCUCCAUACAACUCUGAUUGUUUAAUCGUUGCAACUAGUCGGGACUUUGGAUUCGCUGGAGAAGGUUCUUUAUUUAUUCUAAAUAUCGACAAUGAGGGAUCUAUUGCUAAAGAAUAUUUAAAAUUGCACUGGUCAGAUGGACUUUUCGAUGUGGUUUGGUCCGAGUCGAAUAUUGCAAUAAUAGUUAGUUGCUCUGGUGAUGGAACUUUGCAAUUAUGGAAUCUUCAAGCUCCUAAUGUAAAACCUAUCAUCUACAGUGAACAUAAAACAGAAAUUUAUUCCGUUGAUUGGAGCAAAUGCCGACAAGAGAAUAAAUUUUUGAGUGCUUCUUGGGAUAAUACAAUUAAACUAUGGGAUCCAAACAGACUCAAUUCCUUGCACACAUUUUUUAAGCAUUCCAACAUAGUUUACACUGCAUUGUUUUCUCCUCACAUCUCAAAUUGCUUUGCGUCCGCAUCAGCAGAUGGAACUUUAAACAUUUGGAAUUGUUUAGAUGCUGUGAAUCCUAUUUCAGUUCAAGCUCAUAAUGCAGAAAUCUUAUGUUGCGAUUGGUGCAAAUUUGAUCAUAAUCUCAUAGCUACUGGUGCAAGUGAUGGUCUUAUUCGAGGAUGGGAUAUAAGACAAAUAACACAACCUGUAUUUCAGUGGAAGGCAAGUUUAUGUCCCAUAAAAAGAAUACAAUUUUCACCCCAUUGCUUAAAUGUAUUAGCAUCAGUUGGUUAUGAUUUCAAUACUAAAAUAUGGGAUUUAAAUCAAAAUUGUAAAGCACUGGAAAUUUUCUCUCAUCACUCGGAAUUUGUAUAUGGAUUAGAUUGGAAUAUACACAGGAAGGGUCAAAUCGCAGAUUGUGCAUGGGAUAGCUUUGUAAAAGUUUUUACCCUUAAUUGUUUAAGUAAUAUAUAAAAUGCUAUAUUAUAAAAAUCUAACACAUAUACAAGUGGCGAAGGUACUCCUGAAUGUUAGAAAGCACUUGCAAUAAAAUUUUGAUAAAUUUUUUCCUAUACUUUUAUUGGAAGAUUUUAUAUACCUUCUCUUAAA